GCUUCUGUGUGCUGAGGCGUUGGCUCCAUCUGCUUCACCUGUGUCCCAGCAGCAGGCAACAACGACUUUUUUAACACGCUCGAGAUGGCGGGGGAUUUUGUUCUCGAGGGUCCAGACCUGAAGGAGAUGGGCGAGGAGGAACUGUGGGAGCUGAUUAACGACAAUCGCCACCGGAUCUCCUUGGGUGUGCGGCCGUGCAUCGUGAUCCCGUACCUGAGGCAGGCCAGGGUCCUCACCGAGAUGGACGAGGACGAGAUCCUCUCCUGCCACAACCUCACCAACCGCUGCAUGAGAACCAGCUACAUGCUGGAUCUGCUGAGGACCCAGGGGAGGAACGGUGCUGUGGCCUUGCUGGAGAGCCUGAUGAUUCAUUACCCGACCCUCUACACCCAAGUCACCGGACGCAAGCCCAGUACUGAGCCCUCAAGAUUCAGUGGCCUGAUAAAGUACUCAGAGCUGACUGAGUACCUGGUCAGAGCAGUGACGGGGAUGCAGAAGGAGCUGCAGGAGGCUCGCUGCGAGGCCGGCCGGAUGAGCGCUCGCUGCGUCUCCCUGGAGUCGGAGAUCGGACAGAUAAUGGAGCAGGAGGAGAAGUCGAGAUGCCUCCAGUCCGAAAACGAGCGAAUGCAGAGAUACUUGUGCUCUUUGCAGCGUGAAGUGACCAAGCUGAAGGAUGAGAAGUGCGACUUGUACAUACGCUACACGGCAGCCAUCGAGGAACAAGCGGCUGUGAACGAGCGGCUCCACAACCUGAACCUGCAGGUGUAUCAGCUGCAGAAUGCCCAAACAGAGACCGACAUCCACAAGAGAUCGCUCAGGUGUGUUUCCACUCCAGAGACGCCACAACUGCAAGAAGAAGUCAGAAAGCUGCGCAGCCAACUGGCCAAGGCUGAGAAACUGGACCCGGCUCGUCAGGACAUCCUGGCCCAGGACCUGGCGGAGGCCAUAGAUAGCCAGGUGGAGCUGGCCGCGCAGCUCAGGUGUUACAGAGAGGAGAAUGAGCAGCUGCACAGAGACAAACAAGGGCUCAUGGAUCAGAAGCAGUGCCUGAGCCUCCAGGUGGACCAGCUGACGCUGGACUGUAAAAUGCACCAGCAGAAGAGCACUUUAAUCCAGAGCCAGAUGAGAGAGCUCCAGGCAGAGAGAGACCAGGCAUACCUGUCCAGAGACGAGGCCCAGGCCAUGAUCGCCCGCAUCCUGGCUGAGAAGGACACCCUGAGGUCCCAGCUGGUGGAGCUGCAGGAAAAGGUCUUCAGCCUCCAGGCGACGCGCAGCUCCAAACAACAACGGCAGAGCUCGGAUGAGGCGGAGGUCGCCUGGGAGAGCCCGAGAUCCAGCUGUGAAGAAUUCCAAGGUCCAGCUAGACGCAGACUCUGCCGCAGUAAUGCAGUUAAUCCCUUGUCACUGAGUCCCAGCAGUUCAGAGUGUGAAGAUGUCGCAGCAAGUAGCGUCCGAUCCCGAAACGCUGAGCCGCCAAGCCCAGAGUCCAUCCGGCGGAGGAAGGAAGCUUUAUACGCAGACAGCAGCUUGGAGGCAGCAGAGGCUGAUUAUCUACUGGAUGACUUUGUGUUCCUGCCCAGUGUGGGCAGUGAAGACAAACAGACACCCAGGCUUUCCUCUUCUUGUGGCUCCAGCUCGUACGG